CGUUUUUCAUAAGGUUAAAAAUCAAAUGAGCGGACAAUCCAUUUUCUUUUUCUUUUGUUUUUAAAGUUUCAAAUCAUUUCUACCAACCGAAUCCAAAUUUCCCAGAACCUCAAUUUUCCUUCAUUUUCCCCCUGAAAAGAGAACAGAAAACCGAGAAAAUCGUCUUUGACCUAGGGUUUUGGGAUUUCCACAUCUUCUAGGGCGAGAAAAAUGUCAGAAUUCCUCUCGUCGAACAAGGCCUCACUGCUCUCUCCCACCAGUUCUCGGUCCGUGACGGAGACCGUGAACGGCUCACACAAGUUCGUGAUCCAAGGCUACUCGCUGGCCAAAGGCAUGGGCGUUGGAAAACACAUUGCCAGCGAGAAUUUCACGGUCGGAGGCUACCAGUGGGCGAUUUACUUCUACCCUGACGGCAAGAAUCCAGAGGAUCAUUCCACUUAUGUCUCUGUUUUCAUUGCACUGGCCAGCGAGGGCACCGAUGUUCGAGCUCUCUUCGAAUUGACGCUCGUGGAUCAAAGUGGCAAGGGCAAACAUAAGGUUCAUAGCCACUUUGAUCGCUCACUGGAGAGUGGGCCUUACACCUUGAAGUAUAGAGGUAGCAUGUGGGGCUAUAAGCGUUUUUUCAGAAGAGCUAUGCUGGAAUCAUCAGAUUUCCUCAAGGAUGAUUGCUUGAAAAUUAAUUGCACCGUUGGAGUUGUGGUUUCAGCAAUAGAUUGCUCCAGGUUACACCCAAUACAGGUUCCUGAUUCUGAUAUUGGAGCACAUUUUGGUAUGUUAUUGGAGAACGAGGAAGGUUCAGAUGUUAUUUUUGAUGUGUCUGGGGAAAAGUUUCAUGCACAUAAGCUUGUAUUGGCUGCUCGAUCUCCUAUAUUUGAAUCUGAAUUUAUCAAUGGGCCAGAGGAUGAUAAACAGGAAAUAGUUGUCAAAGACAUGGAUCCUAAGGUUUUUAAGGCUGUGCUGCACUUUAUAUACAGAGAUAGUCUCAUUGAAGAUGAAGAGUUGCUAACAUCGGGUUCAUCUUGCAUGGUAUCUGAAUCUGACACAAUAGCAGCAAAGUUAUUGGCCGCAGCAGACAAAUAUGGUCUAACUAGACUAAGAUUGAUGUGUGAGGCUUUAUUGUGCAAGGAUAUAUCAGUGAAUUCUGUUUCCAAAAUUCUGGCUCUGGCUGACCGCUAUCAUGCUAUGGAUCUAAAAGCCGUUUGCCUUAAAUUUGCUGCUGAAAACCUUGUAGCUGUAAUGCGAUCAGAUGGAUUCGAGUAUCUUAAAGCAAACUGCCCGUUGCUGCAGUCAGAGCUCCUGAAGACAGUAGCUGGGUGUGAGGAAGAAUUUAGUGGUGGGGGAAAGAGCCGAAGUGUCUGUGCCCAGUUUUCUGACGGUGAUGAUGAAACAAAUGCUAGAAGUGUAAGGCAACAAACCUGGGAAUGUAGCAAUGGAGGAGAAAGAAGCCGAACCUUUUGGGUCCAGCUUUCUGAUGGCAGUGAUGAAGGUGGUAGGAAUGCAAGGUAAUAGGCUGAUACAGUAAUAACGCCUUAUUUUUCUUUGUCUAACGACCGUAUUAUGGCAUGAAUGGGAAAAGCAGAUUGAAGAAAACAAAUGUGUAAAAGGAAAACAAAAUGAAAGAAAAAUAAAUGCUUAGAAAGGUAACAUGGCCUCUGCUAUGCUAAUCCCUUUUCUAUAUAUAUGUUCCAUGACUCGGAUGACAGUAAUCUGAUUGUAUAACUGAAUGAUGGUUCAAUAGUAUAUUGUAGUAGCAGGUAACAUUUAAGAAUCUUGUACUUCUUGCCUCUACUGGAAAUCAUACAUGCGAUUUUUAGGAUUAUUAAA